AUGGAUGACACCGAAGAUGAUGCAAGGUAUCCUCCAAACCCAUAUGGUGUGAAUCACCAGCAGGGUUAUGGUUCUUCUCAAAGGCAGAAGCUUCCUGUUCGUAGUGGUCCAUAUUCUAGGCCAGUUGGCAGUCACUAUGUUGAUGAUGAAGAGGACGAUGAGGAUGAAGAGGAUGAAGAGUUGGGUGAGGAAGAAGAAGACAACAAUGGUCAAAAUGGUUAUCCGUCUGUUCACAAAGAUGUUGAUGAUGAUGAUGAUGACGACGAAGAUGAUGGUGAUGAUGAGGAGGAUGAGGAGGAUGAAGAUGAUAAUAAGAGCAAAGUUUAUAAUAGAAUGAUUGAUGAUGCUGAUUUAAAAAAGCACCCAAAGAAGCGGAAGUUGAAGAAUUUGAUCUCAAGUUAUGAAUUUGCUCCUCGUCUACCAGCUCCUCCAGCUGCUGCACCCUCUGCUCCAAGACAAUCAAUUGGUGGCCGAAAUUCGCUUACCGAUUGGACCGAGCAUGAGACAUUUGUGUUACUAGAUGCUUGGGGUGAUCGGUUUCUUCAACGUGGAAAAAAGAGUCUUCGCUCUGAGGAGUGGCAAGAGGUAGCGGAGAAGGUUUCAGAGGUGUCAAAGAUUGAAAGGACAGACACACAAUGUCGCAAUCGGUUGGAUACCUUGAAGAAGAAGUACAAAAAGGAGAGGCUCAAGUUCGCAGAGACUGGUGGUGCUACUAGCAAGUGGGUCUAUUUCAAGAAGAUGGAUAUGUUAAUGUCAUCACCACAACAGCAAUCUGGCCUCUCUUGUGGUUUGGACUCAGGGGAGUAUGUUUUCAUGAACCCUAGAGUGUAUUUGAACCGUGCAAAUGGGUUGGAUGAGAUGAGGGAUAGUCCAGGAAAUUCAGAAUCUGCUGAGGGAGUGGAUGAUGAUUCUGAUGGGCUACCACCCAAGAAGAGAAGGUACGGAAGGGACAAUGAUGAUCGGUGUUCCUUUAGAUUGCUUGCUGAUUCUAUUCAGAAAUUCAGUGACAUAUAUGAGAAGAUCGAAACUAGUAAAAGGCAGCAGAUGGUAGAACUAGAGAAGAUGAGGAUGGAUUUCCACAGGGACUUGGAAAUGCAGAAAAGGCAGAUUAUGGAGAGAGCGCAGGCUGAGAUUGCGAAAAUACAGCAGGGUGAUGACGAGGAGAAUGAUAUCUCUGCCGAAAACGCUAGUGGGUGA